GGGCCGCGCCGGGGUGCGCGAUGGCGGCGAAAGAGGGAGCGCUGCCUGAGGCGGCGGCGCGACUGAAGCGAUUCAUGGCGGCCGAGCCGUCGGCCCGCCUGGAGAGCGUGCGGGCGCUGACGGGCCUGUUCCGGGAGGCGCAGCCCAGAGAAAUGGCAGAAGAAAGUCUAUUCCGGGAUCUCCUGGAAAUCCUGAUAAAAGCCUCAAAUGAAAUUGAACAGGCCUGUAAAGAUUCCUCUGAACUGCUGGAUUUAGACACCUGUCUGGUGCUCACAGCAGAAUGUUUCAGAUGUCUGAGGAAUGCCUGUGUUCAGUGUGCCAAGAAUCAACAUGUCAUGAGGAACUUGGGCCUUAUCGCUACAUCUAUCCAUUUGAUCAAAUUGCUUGACAGAAUGCCGAUCAAAGGAGAACCAUUACUGACUGCUUUUCGAUGUAGCCUGCAGUUUCUUGGAAACAUUGCAGCAGGAAAUGGAGAUUCCCAGAAUAGCAUUUGGAAGUGUGCUUUCCCAGAUCUCUUCUUGACCUGCCUAACCUACAGUGAUGAGAAAAUUGUUGCAUACUGUUGUAUGGUCUUGUUUACCUGCCUUAAUUCAGAGAAAGUGAAGGAACUGCUGGAUCCCAGGAACUUGUCUGUGGCUCUUCACGUCAUAAAAGUCUACAAAAAACAAUUGGAGUCUGAGUGGUCGUUCUUAAUUGUUACAGACUAUUUGCUGCAAUGUCCAGAGUUGGUAAAAGCCCUCUAUGCCAAACUGAGCAAUCAAGAAAGGGUUACUUUUUUAGAGCUGAUAAUGGCAAAAGUGAGUGAGAAGAACUCAGUUACCAGUGAAGAAAUGAAUGUGUUCAUGAGACAUGCUGAUUUCCUUGCAGGCUGUUUCCAAGAGAAAUGUGAAGCUGUGCUCAAGCUAACUUCUGCAGCAGAUGCAGAAGAUGAGGAAGCCCUGGUUACAAUUCGGCUUCUUGACAUUCUUUGUGAAAUGACAUCAAACAAUGGACAACUGGAAUAUCUGCAGACUUUGCCUGAUUUGCUUCAGACAGCCAUAGAUACGCUGAGACUAACUCAUCUUGCUGGAAAACAGGCUGUAAAUAUUUUCACAACCACACAUGCUAUGACAUGGCAAGAAGAAAUUUCACAUCCAGCUGUGGGUUUUAAAGCUCAUCUCAUUCGUUUGAUUGGAAACUUGUGUUACAAAAAUAAGGAAAACCAAGACAAGGUUUAUGAGUUGGAUGGCAUCCCACUGAUUCUAGACAACUGCAGCAUUGAUGACAACAAUCCUUUUCUGAACCAGUGGGCAGUAUAUGCUAUCCGAAAUCUCACUGAACAGAAUGAGAGAAACCAACAGCUUAUUGCGCAGAUGGAGGAGAAAGGGCUGGCAGAUAAUUCUGCCCUUGAGAGUAUGGGUUUACAGAUAGAGAAACAAGAUGAGAAGUUAAUUCUGAGAUCUGCCAGAAAAAAGCCUUCAUGAACAAAAAAAUUAAGAACAGUUGAUUCAUUAAAAGAGGAUUUCUCUUUUAAAAUGUUUUCCCUGCUGAGACAAUCAAGACUUCUUCAAUUUUAGUUCCAGUUGGCUGAAUGUGUUCUGUUCAUUCUUGGAGAAACUGCCAUACAAUUGUUCUCCUUUCCUGUUGUAAACAAAGAGAUACGUCUGCUUUUUCUAUAUACCAAGGUAGAUGAAUUUAUGGAGAAAAAUCCUUCUUUUUCACAUGGUUGAAAUGUCAUUGCGUUCCUGUUUCAUUAGUACAAAGAUGACCUAUUGAGUUAGAAUUUCCUUUGCUAAGCCUGAGGGCAACUAUCAUUAAAAACACAACUAAAAUAACUGUUCUGCAGUUUGCCGUGUAUAUUUACAAGAUCUGUGCUGAACCAGGGCAGAACAAUGAAAGUUGUUUGUUUUCUCUCAUGAUGCUUAAAUAACUGUACUUACAUAAAGAACAGUGGAAUGUCGGAUGUACGUAAAUAUUUAGUGAAUUAAACAAAACGUGCCUUCAGCAUAUUAAAUUGUUAUUAAAUUGUG